UGUCGAUCUGUGGUGCUUCGGAAACAAUACACGUGUGGACUAAUCGAACCGUGACCGGACCAGCAGUAGAGGAAGGUGAAGGGGUGACGAACUCAAGAAGAGUCUCCAUCACAUUUUGAAGCGUAAACAGCACCAAUGCACACAUUUAAGACGCAUGGCUUUGAAUAAAAGAAAAACUAGAAACGACGCCAAGUGAUGGCCAGCCCCGCCGCCCCGGCAGCCUGAUCCCCCGCACCGGAACCCAGCGGAGCCUCCUUGGAUGCGAGGAGCGUGCGCGGUUCCCCUUCUAUAAGGUGAAUGUUGACGACACCAUUGAAAUGUUACCAAAAUCAAGACGAGCUCUGACCAUUCAAGAGAUUGCAACGUUAGCGCGAUCCUCCUUACAUGGUAUUUCCCAGGUAGUGAAGGAUCAUGUGACAAAGCCUACAGCCAUGGCACAGGGCAGAGUGGCCCACCUCAUCGAGUGGAAGGGGUGGUGUAAGCCUAUGGAUACUCCUGCAGCCCUGGAAUUGGACUUUAAUUCUUACUCGGAUCUUACAGAAGGAGAACAGGAGGCGCGCUUUGCUGCAGGUGUGGCAGAGCAGUUUGCCAUCGCCGAGGCUAAGCUGAGGGCCUGGUCGUCAGUAGAUGGAGACGAGUCCAAUGAUGACUCAUACGAUGAAGACUUUCUGCCUGCCAACGAGCCUACCACACAGAGCACAGACGUGCCAUCGUAUUCUCCCUACUUAAAAGACCUGAUCCACAACCAGCUUUGUCAACACCUGGGCCUGCGUGGGCUGUGCUGCGAAGGAGGGGACGACGGAGGUCGAGACCGAGGGGGCAGCGGCGACCCGUCUCCCACAGCGGGCUCGCCAGACACUUUGUGCUCUAGCCUGUGCAGCCUGGACGAGCACCACCCGCUGCUGCGUGACCUGAGCGGCCCCCGUGGUGGCCACAACAAUGCCGCAGAGCUCGCCGCGAAGAUCCUGUCAGCGCUGCAGGGAGGGGAGGAGCUUCUUCUGGCUCGACUUCAGAGGGUCGGGCAGACAGGGCCCGGCAGGGGGGAUUGUGGAUUCCACACCCUUGGCGGGAAUGGGCGGGGUAUUGGGCCUCGUGGUGGCCAGGCGUCCCCUUCCUACUCUAUGUCUUACUCUGAGACAUACCUGUCCCCUGGGGAGGAUGAUGACACCCCCUGUAAGGACUUGUGCCAGGUGGAGGCCAACGCGGAGGGGUUUCCACCUGAUUAUGACCCCCGUAGGAGGCUUUCUGACGUGGCUUCCUCUGGAGUUGUUUCGCUUGAUGAGGAUGAAGAGGAGGAAGAAGAAGCCAACCAAUGACUCCUCUCACCUCAAUGUUCCUUCCUCUGCUCAUUGAGGUGCCUCCCAUCCACCAUGACACCUAAAAAGUUGCGUUAUUUAUUCAUUUGUCUUUGCCUUACUUCCAACAACAUCCUUGCAGUUUUGUUUUGCAGUAUCUUCAUCAACUUGAUUUUUUGCAAGCGUCUAAACAAUCUUUUUAUCUGUGUGCAACGAGGAGUCGCUCAGUUGAAGCCUUGGGUUUGAUGCUCACAGUUCCACCUUACCUGUGCUGCAAACUCCAUAAAUGAACAUGAAGACAGAAUGACUUAGUCCAGAACCCUUUUUCUCUUUGCAUGUAUUUUGCAAGUGCUGACAAUGAUGGUCAGACCUGAGCACGGUUUGUAAUCUCAGCUCUUCUGUAUGACCCCCAAACCCCGGCCAGUCCUCCUUAUCCCCUAAGCAUCUCCCCACCGGAGAAGCUCCUCCACCCCACCGACCCUUUGCAAGAGACAAACUAGAGCAUCCUUUUAGGCAUGGCUUGCUGAGUAUGCCAAACUCUUUAUUCCUGUCACUACCAAUUACAGUGGAACCUCCAAAGUGGAACACCCAACAUUUCAACUGGAAUUUUCUAGAAAAUGCCUGAAAACGCAAAACUAAUUGUCAGCUUAGUGAGCCUUUAGAGUUAAAUCCACGGGGGUGUUUUACUCUUUCUGUGGCUUUUUGUGUUUCUUGGAAACCACCCAAGAGGAAUAUUGUAAUAAUAAGCAUAUACAGUGGACCCCGCUCAUGUUGACAACCUAUCUAUGUCGACCAACUCAUCAAGUCUUGCUCCCCUGUGUUCUUCUUACGAAAAAGCUAAAAAGUGCCAGCUUAAGUUGACACUUAAGUUGGAUUCUACCACAGCAACUAGCAAAAUUAUUAUUUUUUGUUUGUAAGCCACCGGAAGAAAGAUUUGCACAUGUAAAAAGGGGUUGAGCUGAGCAAUGUUUUUAUGUGCAGUAGUAAAAUUUGAGCCUUGUGCGCAUGGGGCUUGCGGACCUCCACUUUGAGUCUGUGUGGACUUCAGCAUACGUUCCGCGUAGGUUCAGCCUGAGUAUGUUUGGGCCUUUACAGUGGAACUUCGGUUAGCAUAUGCCUCCGUUAGUUUUUUAGUUUACCUUGAAAAGUUACGCCUAAAUUUUGACCCUUGUUUGCAUAAAUUUUCUGGCUAGCGUACAAUAUGGCGCACGUCUUGUCGUGUUAUUAAAGUCCAACUGUGUUUGUAACUUAUUUUAAUCACAAAUCGUCCUUGUUAGCUGCCUAUUAGCUUGCUAACAAAGUGGAAACUGGAACCGGAAGUCAACUCUGUCGCCCGUCUUAUAGGGUUGCCAAACGGAAUCGUCUAUUUAAAAAUGAAAGUACGCGUACCGUACUGAGUUGACAAGUAACGCACUUUGUCCAUUGCUACAGUGAGAAUUGAAUUUGUCUGUAAAAUGUGGAGUCGGUUGACGACAGCUUGUCACAGGCUGAGCCUAUCGUUGCCAGCGUGUCUGAUCGCUCACCUGUCAAUCUCAUCGCCUUUCGACUUUCCUGGCAACUUUGUUUACACCCUUGGCCGGGCUCUCACUCUGCCUCAUCGGUGGAAGCUAGCUAGCGAGUUCUCCGCCCAGCCUCUGGUCUUCGAAAUCCAAAUGUGACUUUUUUUUUGUGACAUGUUGUCUGUAAAACAAACAAGCAUUGUGGUUAGUUUGGAGCUCAUUUUGUCUCACGGGGAAGCUAAGUGGCUAUCACGUUCAUAAGGUACGUACUAACUUACUUUGUGAAAGUGUCUUUUAAACUUAAACAUGUAGUUUGUCUGGCUUUAAGAUAGUGAUGCUAUCACAGGGGUCUCAAACAGGUAGCUUGUGAGCUAGCAAUAGCUUGCUAGCUGAUGUUGAGGAGCAAAGAAUAUUUGCUUCAACUCUUAGUAUUUUAUAAGUGUUCAGUUCAGACAUGAUGCUUGUAUUUAAUGACAAAUGACCACAGAAUAGCAUAAAGACGAUGACCACACUGUUUGAGUGGAGAUUUGCUUUUUAAAUAAAGUACAAUUUAAAUAUUCCAGGCACAUAAAGCACAAAAAGUUCACCUCUCUUUUCUUUUUGUCAAAGUAGCUUUAAUAGUGCUGGAAGUUGGUCAUAAACUUGGACACUAUGUUUAAGUUAAGCAAGACAGAUUUCUACUUGUAUAAGAAAGAUACUUAAAUUGUUAUUUUAUUCUGUUAAUUGUGUUAGUUUGAACUAAAAAAAAUAUAUAUUAUUGAACAAUUUCCCAUCUAUUCAUAUUACUCUAAUACAUGCAUCAAAUCAAAUUAAAUUUUCAGUUUCGUGUCAAAUAGUACAAAAGUCGUUUCACAUGGUAAACAAACAACAACAAAAAAACAGUCAGGUCGGUUGGACCUGCCGACAAGGUGUCCCUUAUUUAUUUUUGUGAGAGUUGGCAACCCUACCUGUCUAUGAUGUCAUCAGAGGUUGACUCUGUAGUUGUUUACUAACUAACACAGUUACGCCGCAAGUCUGUGCUGUUCUUAUUGGUCACGGCUGCAAAAUAAAACACAAUGGAGCCAAAGAAAGUUGCAAGUGCCAGCAUUUUGAUAAAGGUGAGAAACACUACUGAAUUGAAGAAAUAACUCAUAGCAAAAUACCAAAGCGGUGUCCCUGUUGAUCUCGCUGCCACGUCGUCUUUGUCAACACUCAUGUCGUCAGUGAAGCUAAAAGUGACGAUAAAUGUUCAUUCGUCUCUUUCAUGCAUCAUUUAUAUGUAUUUCUAUGCAUGUGCAUUUUUUUCUGUAUAUAAAACUAUAAUUGUAAAACAAUAAUCAAAUGUUUAGUGUUAACAUUUUUGGGUGUCCAUAAGGGAUUACAUGGAUUUACAUGAUUUCCUAUGGAAAAAAUGGAUUGAGUUACAGUACGUUUCGGUUCUAGUCGAACUUUUGGAAACGGCUUAAUGACUCUAACGUUCCAUUUCUAUUUGAGUUUUAUUUAAUUUGGCUAAACGGUGUUAAUAGUUGGUUCACUUCUUACACUCGUGUGGUAGUUAUGCAUGUUGAACUUCUAAUUAAAACAUGGCAGAAUGGAGGCUUUAUGAUGACAAAAUGGAAAAAAAAUGUUUUGAAUUUUCGCUUCACUCAACUCAUGUCAAACUGAUUGUGUUCGACUUUGGAGGUUCCACUAUCUGAGCAAAUGCUGGAAUGUCUUUAAAGUGACAGGACAUUGAUAUAUUCUAAAGUGACAAUGUUUAAAAAAAGAAACAAAUAGGGUUUGUCAGAAAUAAUAUGACUGAAAUGAAAUGCUUUUAUUGUACUGUUUUUCUAUCACACAAUGGUUGUUGAUAUUAUAUUCCUAUCGGCAUUAUGAUUGAUGGAUAUUUGCCAUAAUAAUCAACGCUACUGGAAUUCUGUGGAUUCCUGCAUGGAGGACAAGAACUUUUUGAUGUCUUAAACACACACACACACACACACUCAGCAGCAGUGACAACAAAAACACAAAGCGAAUGACACAUGCUGAAAAAGACAGAAAAGUGAAUGUUUUCUUUUCUUGAAGAGCCGAGGUGGAGAUUUUCUAUAUUUUUGUAUGCGUUGUCUUGCUUUGAUCUCUAUGCCUCCAUGGCGUGCCGGUGUAUGUGGUUUCUUGCACGAAGCUAUAAUGUGGCUGUACAUUUAUCCUUUUCUUCGUUAUCACUGUGUGAUAUAGUCUACUUGGAAAAAAAACAACUUAUGUGAAAACAUAUUUCUUUCAAUUAUGUUAAGAGGAUGCUGUCAGGGUUCCCACAUGUUCUGGGAAAUCUGGAAAAUGAUUGACCAAUUUUCCAGUCAUGGAACAUGAGAAAAAAGGUCCAAUUUUAUCCCUGCCUUGUGCAUGCAAACGGCUUAAAAAAAUGUCUCUUGUCACCUUAUCUUUUGGACAACAUUAAGGCGCUUCACCGCCUCCAGCCGGCACAGCGCCCCACGUGACGCUACCAGCCAAUCAGAUUUGCAUUUCUGCUUAGAGCAGUUCUAAGCUGACUCUUCAAACCCCGAUUUAGCGCCUAUAGACUAGCAACUGUAAGUAUGUAGCGGCUAAAAAUGUCCUGGAUAAUAAUUUCAGGGAACGAGUGGGAACUCUGCACUGUAACACAGUCCGUUACGGUUUGACAUCAGACAUAGGUCUUAUUUGCUGACAUUUUGAAAUGCUUGUUUAAAUGCUGUUAAUGACUUCUGAAAAGCUUUUGCCUUUGAAAAUAUUCUUUCAACUCUCUGUUCUCAUGUUUGCAAAAGGGCAUGGUUCUGUGAUUCAUGUAGGAGAUCUGUUCAGGUUCUCCCAGAGGGACUGUCAUUCAUACAACUCAGGAAUUCCCAUUACACCACCGCAUCAGCAUGCAUAACACCAAUCACCUCUCCUCCUACCUGUGUCUUCAUGUUUGUGAUUCUGGGCUUGUAUGUCUGCGGGAAAGCCUUACAUACUUGUUUUCUGCAACGAAUUUCAGCACAGACUUGGCCCCAUUGCCCUGAUUUUAGUUGCUUACGGAAUCCUCAAAAUGUGAGUCUACGUGAUUGUGUAUGUGGAUGUGAUGUAUUGUACGAUGUCAGCAAGCUCCUCAAGCUUGCAGUUGAAUCCGACACCCCUCCAAUGCAGCCAUUCCCUUUAAACGAUGUCUGGCAUUGCUGACCUGAGCCCCAUUAGAGGUUCAACUUUUACUGGUGCUGGAGAAUACAAAUAAGGACAGCAUGGUGUACAUUGGAACCCGUUUAAGUUCACCCCGUUUAUGUCGACAGACCAUCGCAACCAGUGAUGUGCGGUGAGGUUCAUGGCUGGUGAGGCACUGACGCCUUUGGAGUUUUUUUUAUGUUAAUACAGGUUACUCAUUAAGAAGACGAGAAAUAAUUUAAGAAUAAUUGAAUUUGUUUUCCAUCCAUCCAUCUUCUUUGCCGCUCAUUCUCAUUAGGGUCGCGGGUAUCCUAUCCCAGCCGACUUUGGGCGAGAGACUGGGUACACCUUGGACUGGACGCCAGCCCAUUGCAGGGCACAUAUAGACAAUCAUUGACACUCUUAUUUAUUUUUUAUUAACUGAAAAAUAUUUGUGGUCUUACCUUUUCUUUGCACACACACACACACACACACACAUAUAUAUAUAUAUAUAUAUAUAUAUAUAUAUAUAUAUAAAAAAUCCUCCAUCUUGGCAGUCAAAUUCAUUCAUUCAUUUAGCAAAGCCUAAAAUAUCUUUAAUGCAUUUGAUUUGCUGCUUUCCAGCUGGUGCUGCAGCUGUCAAAAAAAUGCUAGCUUUUCCAUGCUAUGGAAGGAUGAUGGCAGUGACAAGCACCUUCCAGCUUAUGCACGCCCCCACCACUUCAAGGUUAGGUGGAGUACUGCAGCGCCUCCAUGUAUGACAUUUCCCUGUACUUUAUUGUCUGAUUACCAAGAAUAAUGAUGCCAUACUUACGGUAGGCGGGGCUUGCACACCAAGCCGAGAAGAGACCCUCACAGCAGCCUCAUCUUAGGUUUCUGCCCUGUAGUUGAUCAGGAAAAGAGCAAAUUCAGUCAUUUUAAAAUGAGAAAAUCUUUCAAACAAUGGUAAUCAUACAGAAAAUAAAUUUAUAAUACAGGUCAGUUCACAAAUAUUAAUAUUUAUUUGAUGUCAUCAUUAUCAGUCAUUAGACAUUGAAGUUUUUUUUUUAUUAUUAAAGUGCCCACUUAAGUCGACGUCGACAUACAUGGUCGACCGCUUUUGUCGAUAUAAAAUAUGACAGCCAAAAAGGUAAUUUCUAUGAAAAAUCGGUCCGUUCAUGUUUACAUGUGUGUUAGCAUUGUAUAAAUUCAUUAUGGCUGAGAUUUGUGGUUAUUAAAAUGGAACUGCCACUUACCUUCAAAUAUUCAGCUUAGGAACAAAGGUUCUUUCUUCUUUCGAGAUUUUAGAUUUUGUCUCCCUUUCUGCAACCACCAAUAUAUACAAUUUGCACAAACGGAGUAAACCGAUGCCAACAAAGCGCAAUAGGUUCAAAAUCCUUUAUUAUCACCCAUUCUUCUUAUAUCGUUGGUGAAAGUCGCAAGUAAAUGUGCAGUCAAUGGCAAUAUUCACUUAUGUCAACAACCGCUUAUGUCAGCCAAUCAGAUGGAUGUUGACUGAAACGGGUUUCACUGUACAAUGUCGCUAGAGUUGUUGGAUUGAGGGCAGAAAAUGAGCUGAACAUGAGGACAUACAGUAGGAGAGUUGUAGAGGACAGCGACAACUCAGGGGGAAACACUGAAGCUGUGCCUUUCAUUCGUCACAUCAUCAUUCACAUCAUUUUUUGAAAAACAGUGAAAACAAUGUCAGCUGCCUGGGGUGUUAAACACCAAAUAUGCUGUUGCAUCUCCUUGCAGCUGUAGGACAUCGUCGUCCUUUUGGGUGACAUUAAAAGUCAGCUGAUGUUGGCGAUGUUUGUUCAGACGUGGUGUUGUGAACGCAUCACUGGCCGCCCCUGCUUCUUUCUAUUUGUCAACUGACUUUGUCCAGCGCAUUCUGUCUGUCUGUCAGAGUGCCCCUAUCCUUGUCCAAGGUGCUGUGUGUGUAUGUGACAGACAGAGAGGAGGGUAGGGUAUGUCGAUACUUUGUAUUUUUUCUGUCUCAUUCAUUAUACAUACACACACUGACAUGUAAGUAUUUGUCCUUACAGUGAACACACACACACACACACACACACACACACCAACACGCAGACAGCCUGAUGAAUGUCUCCUCUAGCUGUCUCUACCAUUUCCUGCUGUCUCAUCAUCUCCCUUCCUACCACCACUCGAUGUUUGCAUCCUUACAGUACAUCUCUACCUCCACUCCAUUCGUUUCCAUCCUCCUCUAUCCUUGCCCACAUGCAGCUCAUAGUGGAACUGUGAGGACUUAACUUUGCUGACAAAAAAAAUUGCCUGCCACUCUUAAAAACACACCAAAACAAUUGAUGUGUCUGUCUUUUUCACCCUCGGGUCUUUUUUAAAUUCUUCUCUCUCUUGUCUGAAGUUGCUUUCACACUAACAUCAUUUGCUUCAGUUGACUCAAAGUAACGUAUUUUAUGGACUGUAAGUCGCAGUUUUUUUUUUAUAGUUUGGUUGGUUUUGCAAUUUAUAGUCAGGUGUGACUUAUAAAUCCCUCAAGGGAAAAUCUGCUGCUAGCUUCAAAAUAGAUUGGAAACUAUACACGUUAUUUCAGUUAAUUAGAGGUACAAUUUAUUAAUACUUGCAUGCAAGGAGACAAAUGAAUACAAUCUGAACAGACGGCUUCUAGAGAAAAUGUCUUACUAUUUACGUCAAACCACAUAUGCGAGGAGAGGGGUGAUUUCCUCCUCCAGCCACACGCCUAGACACUCAAGACUAGGUGAAUCAGGUGAUGAGCAUGUGGAGGACUUGCUUGGGAGACAGGAGGCCUCGAGCAGAUAAUCUUAGCAAGUCAGUGUGACAUUAAUGUGUAUCUUAGCAGAAAUACACACACACAUACAUAUAUGUAUAUAUAUACAUACAUAUAUAUAUACAUAUAUAUAUACAUACAUAUAUAGUCAAAACAAAUGGAAUAAUGGACAUCAAAUGUUAUAAAUGCAAUGAUAGUCCAUAUUUUCCAGACAAUAUCAUAAUUUAACAUGUUUUAAAUGUUAAUUUGUACUGACUGAUAUGAAUCAGGGAGUAAACAUUACCGUUGACUGCCGUGAAAGCGCGCUGUAGACUUGUGACAACAGUGACGUGGGAUGAGAACGGGAGCUUGGUGAAUUUCCUUAUCGGUAACUUGCUUGUUAUGUUAAUUUAGCCUGUUCAUUCUCCCAGAUAUGUUUUUUGUGCUAUUGUGGAGGUGAAUAACUGUUAAUGUGUUAUGUUAACAUACCGGACACCUAUUCAGCCUGUUGCUCUUUGUGCUGUGUGCAAACUUGCCUUUCCUGAUUAAAUACCUGUUCUUAAAUUUCUAAAUAAAUGGAACCUAUAGUC